AUGGCACCUGUGAAAAAACAUGUACUUCAGGAGUACUGGAUAUCUCCUGAUGACAUCACAACAACUCCAUUGUUUGCAAAAUUAAUGUCCAGAGACCGGUUUGCCUCCAUCCUACGUUAUCUACACUUCGUAGAUAACAACAUUCCUGUGGCUGGUGAUAGACUAUGGAAAAUAAGGAAAGUUUUUACAAUGCUGAAUGAACGUUUUAUGAAGUUCUUCAGACCGUUUCUGAAUGUAGUGGUGGACGAGUCUCUGGUGCUUUUCAGAGGAUGUGUUGUUUUUAGACAAUACAUUCCCUCCAAACGACAUCGCCUUGGGAUCAAGUUCCUUGUGCUGUGUGACUGCUGUACUGGGUAUGUCUUAGAUCUCGUUGUUUACACAGCAAGUGACGUAGACAUACCCAAGGGCGACCCACAUGGUUUCUCUGGCACUGUAGUCAAGAAACUUAUGGACCGCUACUUUGGAGGGAAUCACGUCCUCUACACUGAUAAUUAUUAUACUUCUCCUGCCCUGGCCAAGUUCCUACUUGAACAUGACACAGGUUUUUGUGGGACUGUACGCAAGAACAGGAAACACUGGCCCAUGUUUACUGGUAAACCUGCACGAGGAGAGAUCCAGCUGAUUCAAGCAGACAAAAUGCUUGCAAUACGCUGGCAUGAUAAGCUUAUUGUGCAGAUGCUGUCAACCGUGCACAAGGGCAAACUGGUGGACAGUAAAAAAAAGGACUGGACCACAGGAGAGGUCAUGAAAAAAACCUGA